CACUCCACUCUACUUUUGAUCUGUAUUCAUAUCUAUGUAUGUAUGUAUGUACUAGCAUCUGGGCAAACGCAAUGCCUGUUCAUAUUAUGAGUGUAUCAAUUAAAUAGCUUCUAUGAUGCAUUGUUCCCAACACCUUCAAUGCAUGGAAAAAUUCUCACAAUCUCUUGUUAACCCUACUACAUCCCAUUACAAUUUUUAACCAAGAAAUGUAAGUAACAAAUAUAUUCUAUGAUACAUUUUUGCAAACACCUUAAAUGCACACUCCAUUGCACGCACAUCCCGUAGAAUUUUUAGUAUAAUAAAUCAAUUAAGACUCGGAACUUUGCAUGGAUUAUCAAUCCAAUGCGAAGAAUUAAUAAAUAUAUGUUGAAGAAAAGAAUGUUCAUUUUCUGUAACCCAAGACUGAAAAAAUUUUAAAAAAUAAAUAAAUAAAUAAGGAACCAAAAUAUUGUAAGAUUGUUAUUCAAUGGUGAUCAAGUAACUGUUGUGGGUGUAUCUCGUAUUCUACCCGGUUUGUGCUUAUAUUUGUUAGUGACUUCCAAAAGAGUUCGCAAACACACGACUGGGAUGCAAUUGAGAGCACAACAUAUAAUGGGUAAAAGUGUAUGGUACUAUUCCGCGCUAUCAUAAAAAAGAGCAACUCUACACCACACCUUGUAUAUUUUUUUACGUUAUACCUGUCUAAUGCCUUCAUUAGGGGUUCUUAAAUAAACUGCACAAAAGUUUUAGGUUCAGGAGAUGUGUUUGGUCCUUUUGGAUUUAUGUUUCUAUUAGGUCUGAGGAAAGUAGGUUACUGACAUGAGAUGUGGGGUUUUUUAAUCAGUUACUGAAUUAUAUUUCAAAUUCACACAUUUGCCCUUUAGUAAUUGAACUCGAAAACACCUGCUGCUUGAAUCUUCUCAAGAUGUUUUGGGCAUUCAUGAGAAUUCAUAUCGUGGCACAACUUAAGCUUAACCAAUUCAAAGUGCUUGCAUAUUAUAAUAAUGUGUAUAUAUAGAUAUAUGUGUGUGUGUGUGUGUGUGAAAUAGAUGCACAUUCAGUAAGUUUUUAGUUGAUAUUGAGUAUUCCAUCAAACAUUGGCUUUGAGUCGUCAUCCAAUUUCAGCAGCCGCGUGGGUUCUUGACCUUGAUAAAGAUGAAACAUCAAGAGAAGAGAGCAAGAAGAAGAAGAGGAAGAUUGAAUCGGUGUCUACUGGGGAUGACCGGAAGAAAAAAGAUUUGUUUGGAGAUUUGCUUCGAACCUAGUACCACUUCCUGUGGACUCAGCUUUUGUGAGAAAUGUUUGCGUUCUGUGGCUGAAAAAUGUGGGAGACGAUGCCGGUGUAGGCAGCUAAUCAGCAAUGGAAGAUGUUGCACUGUGAAUACAGCCCUUUGGAAUACUGUACAGAUUCUGUUUCCACAAGAAGUUGAGGCAAGGAGGGCAGCUGAAGCACCAAAAACUCGAGGGAAUCACUACAAUUUGAGGAACCAGAGCAUUCAAACAGUAAAUAGUCCGGGGGCAGAGUGUCAAAGCGUGAGAAGAGUGAGUUAUCAUGAAGUAAUUAACUGAAGCAUGAGGAGUAGAAGAAGGGUGCCAAGCAUAGAGGAAGAUGCUGCCUUGGCUCGAAGGUUGCGGAGGGAAGAGUACAUGGAGGCUUUUCUUAGUAGGGGAUCUGGUGAGCAAUAUAGAAGCUCCCUUUCCUUAGCAACCCAAACUCGUUUUAGGGCUAUGGCUGUAGGAAAAAUGGUUUGGAAAUCAUUAAUGGGUGAUUGAGAAAUUGACUCCAAAGUGCACCAUUUGAGUAUGGGUUUAAGACGAAAUUUAUUUAAUUUAAAAUUUGAUUUUAUUUAGAUAUAUUCGUUAAUUUUUUGAGUCAAAAUUAAACAGAAUUUGAUUCAGAAUUCGAAUUCUUUUGAAAGAACAUUCAUGUCUUUUUUGGUUGCACAUUUUUAUGAAAAAGAGGUGACUCAUUUGAAAAGUCAUCAUGACUAUUCGAAGAGCCACCAAUUCAUCUAUAUAAACAAGCUCCCAUUGCAUUCAUUUAAAAAAAAAAAAAAAAAUUCAUCGUUUGUUUCUUUUCUUCUGCACUCUGUCUUUUUUGUAAGAGAAUUCUGCACAGUAAGGUUCGUCAGACUUGCCAUGGUAGUGCUACUUCUGCAAGGUUUGAUCGUUGUAUCCUGAGAGACGAAUGUCCAAUAAAAACUUGUGAGCACCCUAGCGAGGGACAAAUUUGUCUUAAAGACAGAGUAUCACACACUCGACUUGAUCUUUUUGUACUUAUUCGGUUUAAGAAAUAAAUUCUGUAAGUAAUUUAUUUUUAUUUGUUUGAUUUGGUUUCAACUUAUUUAUUUUCCGCAGAAGAUUGUUCCAACAAUCUUAAGAUAAAUUCGGUGUUCUAUUUUAUUUGUUAGAUAUUAUAUUUCUGUGUUUAUGUUCAA